AUGGGUGAGCCAACGACCAUCAAUGAAAUGUACAAGCUACUACAAGGUGACAACCAAAAGCAAACCGAGUUGUUAACUGGAAAAAUAUUGAAAAGCGAAAAUAAUAUUAAACUUCAGAUUAAAAAAUCUAACCAGAAACUGGAAAUUCUAAAAGAAAACCAAAUUGUACUGGAAAGAAAAAUUAGAAGGAACAACAUCAUAUUUUUUGGUUUUAAAUCUGCAAAUCAAAGAACCCUAAUACAAGACGUGAUUGCUAAAUUAAAUGAUAUUUUUUCACUAAAAAUUAUACUUACGGAUAUAAACAAUAUAUACCGACUCGGAAAAGGUGAUGACGCACCGGUUUUGAUCGAAUUUAUUUCAUUUCUUAAGAAAUCAGAGAUAUUCGAAAAUCCUGAAAAACUGCGCAGUUUAAAAAACACGCAAUAUGCUAUUUCAAAUGAUCUUUGCGAGGAAGAUCGAAAAACUCAAAAAAUUCUGCGAAAACAUUUGAAACAGGCAAAAGAAGAGAACAAGGUAGCGAAAAUACGUGGACUUAGACUAGAAAUCAACAACACUCUUUACACAGUUGAAGAGUUGGAACAACUGUCAGAAAGCGAAACAGAGGCAAGCAGUUCAGACGAAUCAGACAGUUCACAAACUACAGAACAAGGACAAAAAAUUCAUAAUUCGAGGCAGAAUAAAAAUAAGCGGAAAAAUAAGAAAAGUCCAGGUGGAGUAAAAACUCGAUCAAACAAGAAGAAAAAGCACUAA